UCUUGGCUUCCCGUAGUCGUUCGCCUGAAAGUUUUCGCGUGAAGCCCAACCUGCUGAACGAAAAAUGUCUCAUUCUCACAGAGAUGGGAAAGAAGAUCCAUACAUGGAUGUUGGUGGUACUCCAGCUCUGACUUAAUCAAGUCAAGAAAAGGAAAAUAAGCAGCAGUCUAGCCUUGGUCCUUCAGGGAGGUUUCAAAAUUCCACGUUUUAGAUCUGGGGCCAAGGACCAGUCACCUCUGUCUGGGAGAUACCUGAGGUGCUCAAGACCCUCCUCCAGUCUCCUCAAGUCCUCAGUGAUACACUCAUCACAGCCUCUGUCUCCACAAAUGAGCUGUGAUUGAGAGGACACAAGCAGAUGUUAGUGGACUAGACAUGAACCUGAAGUCUGCACGGACCAGCAGGUGCACAUCGGAGAGGAAUGUGCGAGAUGUACGCCUGAAAAACAAUGUGGACAUCAAGGAAAUUUAUGAAUUUGAAAAGAAAUUGGGUCAAGGUGGCUUUGGAGUUGUUUAUGAAGCCACCCACAUAGAGACACAGACAAAAUGGGCCAUUAAGACAUUUUGCAGACCAGAGGCAGGAAGUUCGAAAGUAGAGAUGGUGGAUAACGAAAUAAACCUUCUCAAACAAAUGAAUCAUCCUCACAUAAUACAUCUUGAGGCAGUCUACCGCUCGACCACGAUGAUUUAUUUGGUUACUGAGCUGUGCAAAGGGGGUGAUCUGAGGAAGCUGUGGCAGCAAAAAAAGUUCUUCACAGAGGAUGAAACAAGGGACAUAAUCUGUAGUUUAGCUGAUGCUGUUGUCUACCUUCAUAAAAGAGAUAUUGUGCACAGAGACUUGAAACUUGAGAACAUUCUUGUGAAAAAUUCUCCCGAUGAGGAUGAUGGCAAAACCGAUAUCAAGGUGGCAGACUUUGGAUUAUCGGUGAAGACACGUGGUGCAGGGAUCGAAAAUAUAAUGACACAUGCCUGUGGGACCCUUAUCUAUAUGGCCCCUGAAAUGAUGAGCGGUCGUGGUUAUACCCAGUGGUGCGAUGUGUGGAGCAUAGGAGUCAUUAUGUAUAUGUUACUGUGUGGAGAACCUCCAUUUUUCUCCAAAACAAAGGGAAACCUGCUUAAGAAGAUAAUGAACAGCGAAGUCAAAUUUACUCAACCUAUCUGGGCCUCAGUCAGUGAUGCAGCAAAAAAUCUAUUGAGUUGCCUAUUGAAGGUGGACCCUGCCUACCGAAUGUCUGCUAAUCAGCUACUUGAAAACCCCUGGAUUACAGGUGACACUAAUGUGCCCGUUGUACCACCCAAUGUGCUGGAGAUGAUGCGUCAGUACUUGGAGCAGGAGGAAACAAAUGAGACUUCAGAAGAUUCACCCUUCACCUCUUUUGAGGAAAACCUGGAAUCAUUCCCAGUCCACCAGGCAGUUUCAACAGAAACAAACAGCAACUGCAGGAGCCACACCAGGCUCAGUCCUGAGAGACACAGCAGCUCCAAAAAGCCUUCCACAUCUACCAAACUGGAUCAUGGAAUAAAGACUAAAGAGAGUGGUGGCAGCCUUCAGCAGGACAAGCAAGUAAACUGCUCUGACACCCCAGGACAGCCAGCAACCACACAGCUGAGUGCAAAGCAGCACAGGCCUCAGGACAAGAAGGACCUCAGCGCAGGACAGAAACAGACCUCCAAACCCAAGUAAGGCAGAUGACCAGUUACUUUCUACCUCCAUUAAAGUGAGACUGGUCCCUGAAAACCACCAGCUAGCUCCAAGACUGACAGCCAUUCAGAAUAAAACUAAAAAAUGAGCCAUAUCCUGUUACAAAACAUAAGGAGAGGGAAAAAAAAAACCCUGCAACAAAUCAGAAUUUUUGUGGCUGUAAUCAAUGUACAUUUAUUGUUUUGUUUUUCAUGUUAUUAUUUUAUUGAGAUUUGUUAUUUUAGCAGUAAUGUGAAUGUAAAUACUACGAAUGGUGCAGCCAUUUUUGUGAAGUCCAGAGACUAAGCAGCAACCGCAGUGUCAUAUAAAUGGGCUUUGUGUACAACUGUGAAAAUGGUACAAAGAGGCCCAAAACCACUGCAGCUGAAGAUUCAGCUUCAGCACUGCCCUGUGCCAAAAGAAAGAGACCCCAUCUGAGAUAGUGUUCCAGAUGGGGAGAAACUGCUGGAUAAAUUAUUUGUGUUAAAUAAUCAAUUGUUUUUGAGCAUCAAACAGCUUGCAUGUUUUCUGUAGUUGCUGCCAAACAAAGAUGCUGAAUGAGUUUGAUGUGUAACACUGAUGCUUUUAGCUUACAGCAACAACCAGGUUAGUUAAGUAAGAUUUUGAUGUCUUGUCUUGAUAUGCCUCUUUCCCUAAAGUCUUUAAUUUAACUGCUAUUUACUGUUUAUGUACAUAUUCUGUGUUUUUUGUAUUUGUCUCAUUUCUUUUUUUGUUUAUUUGCUUUAUAAAUAUAUGCUAAAUAGGAGGGAAAAUACUUGUGAAGAUUACUGGAUAUUAUUUAAAAAAAACUGUGAGUGCGCAAUAGGGAUUUUCUUUCUUUCUGUUCUGACCUCUCAAUUCCAAAACGUCCGAUAUGCAGUGACUGCACCCACUCAGUGUCAAAACAGAAAAACUGUCACACAGGCUGGUUACGCUCCAUCUGAAUGCAGAGGAUUGGGACUGGGGGCAGCCACGGGUCUAAUCUCGUUUGGAGGCCAUUGAAAGCAGUAGGAGCUACUUUGAGGGCACUGCCAUUCAAGCACAGGUUUUUCCGCUGCAGAGAGAAUAAUCCCCAGCAUAGAUACAACAUUAAAGUAUCCAAGCAUAACACACAGAGGGUGAAUUUCAAAUCCACCCAUUUGCAUCUUGAAGUGAAUGAGUGCCAACAAUGGGGCCCUGUUUUCAUGCACAGGCUCUGUUUUAGUGUGUAUGUGUAAAUGUAGUUUCCACUUUUUCCUUGAAUGAGUGGACCUUUUUAUCAAAUUUUGUCCAGGCAGACAUACUGCAGUUAUCUCAGGUGAUUUUUUUCCCCUAACAUAGUGUGUAGAUAUGCAAAUGAGAUGUGAAUUAUUUCUGAUUAAAGCUGCUUGCCAAAAGGACUGCGUGAUUACUGCAACACUGACAAGCUUGACUUUGGUUUACUCAGACUGCUCUGAACACCAGAUGGUAGUAGGUAGCGAGUUCUUGAAUUCAUUUUGAAAUUAUUUCCUGAAGUUAAGAUGACACAGGGAGUCAUCCCUAAAGCUAUCUAGUUUUAUGCAUGAAGCUUUGUAAUUAGAACUGGUUGUUUGAGCCUCUGCCCAUUAAAACUAUGAUGUCCAUGUGAUGUGUC